ACAAGUCUGAAGCAGCCAACUGGAACCCGGUUUUUAUUGUGGUACAUGCAAGAGAUCUAGACAAAUCGGAAAGGAAAAAAAUAUGGAAAACCCCAUUGUUAGCUAAAAUGAAGGAAAAGGUGUCUCACUGAAGAAAAUGAGGAAGAAGUUUUAUUGUUAAAGCAAAAGCUGGAAUAUCCUAAAAAUUGCUGCUUUAAAUAAACGUGAUUCAUCGCACAGAAAUUAGAUCAAGAAAACUAAAAUGGGAGUCUUCCUGACAGAGGAAAGGGGAAACUAGAACGGAGAAUUACCAGAUCUGAAAGAGAUGGAGUGAAAAUGGACUCGAUAUAUCUCAUUAAUAUUUUGAUAUUAUUUCUGUGUAUACAUGUAGGCCUGGCUCAAUGCAAAGGUUGCGCAGAGUCCUUAGCAACAUUAAGCAUUGUUUCAAAGUGCCCCCAUGAUUAUGAAUCCUGGAAAACAGCGGCCAAAAGGAAACAUUGUGAAAGUAUAGCUAAAAUUCAGAGGUGCUCAAAGCCAGAGGAAUUUGUGUAUCAUUGUCUUAUUAACAAUUGGGAAAAUGCAACAGUUGAAGUUUGCGCUCCUACUUGGUAUAUUAAUGGAUUUUGCGCACAGUUCAACAUCCCGGAGGGGAGAAUUCUGAACCACCUGCAAAGAGAUUGUACAUCCUUGCCUAUCCCUUGUCCUUCUCACUAUAUUUCGUCAGAAGCAUACAAAUAUCCAGAAUGCUUCCUCAAAGCAUUCUCCAACCCUAAAAAUAAUGGCUGCAGAUGUAUGAAAAAUGUUACUGAAACUGGUUUAGCUGAAGGACAAGAAAGAAAAUGUACCAAAUGCGCUGAAAUCUACAUACCAGCUUUGGCCGUCUUAGCUGUCAUUUCUGCCGUUCUCUUAAUUUUACUCGUCCUGCUUUGCAUUGUGUAUAAAAGAUCAGAGAAGUUUCAUCGGCAGCAAUCUAAAAAUAUGCACAAAACAGACGUUGAAACACAACUAAUGCAUACAUGUGCGUCCCAUGCAUUUAAAACUGGAGCCACAAACACAUAUUCUGAAGGAUACCAAACAUACCUAGAUGGCCAACAUUUAACAGAGAAAAGAGCUUACAAUUGGCAUAAUCAGCGGAUUCCGAAGGAAAUGGAACAGUUGGAAAAAUUUGGAAAUCCCGAGAAAUCUGGAAGAUUUACUGUACAGUUAUAUAGAGAACAAUCUCAAUCUGAUCUCAAUGGUGUUGGAAAGAGGGAUAUAUAUAUCCGAAGCAAUUCGUCUGGUGUUGGAGGGGCAUCUAGUCUUCAAGAAACAUCAUUCUAAGUUCAUCCCGAAGAAAUACAGAACAUGUGCUUUUUUAACAUAUAUAUACUACAUCAUGUAUGACUGUAUAUUGAGAAAAUUGGUAUAUAUCAUAUGACAUAUACCAGUAUAUAUUGCAUAAAAAAUAUAGAGAAUUUUUGUAUGAGAAGAUAGCUGAUCGGUUAAGGUCAAGAUCUAGUAAAUGACUUUAGAAUGAAUUUUCAGUGCUAAAUCCAUUAUGACGUCAUAAUCACUUUCAACUUUGUUUUUCCCGUACUUUACGGCUCUACUAGAAUUAUGUAGAAAAUAAAGUAUUUUCAUGGAAUUCAAUUUAAAAUCACACGAAAAGUAGUCCCGAUACCUAUCUUAGAUUUAAUAUUAUUUUAAAGUAGAGACUAAAAACAUGCAAAUUACUGUUUUCUGAAAAACUGUAGGCAAUCUGGAUACAUUUUAUUUGUCUGAUAUGGGAAAAAACUCCCAUUUUCAAUACUUGUUUUCUUAAUUUUUCAUUGAAAAUGACAGUUUAGAAUAAGGUUUUUCAUCUUGUUUUUCUACAAAUUAUGCCCCUAAACACAUAUUUUGACCAACCUUAUGUUAUAAAACAUCAUUAAAGGAAUUAAUUUCUUAAAUUUCAAAAAUCUGUAGGCACCUUCCAUUUACUAGAUCUUGACCUUAAAGAUUUCAAGGGGCCGUGAAAAAAAAUCCGCGCAAUGAAUUUUUCUCAAUUUUAAAUAUAAUUUGCCUUAUGUCAAUGAUAUUAUUAUAUGAGAGUAUCAACCAUGGUCAUCAGGGAUAUAAGGAAGUUAUGGUUGCCAUGGUAACCACCAUUUUUUAAUCCUGUAAUAUUUAUGAGAUAUAUUUUUGAAUAUGCCACACAUGCAUCAACAUUUAAACAAACUCAAUAAUUUCCUCUUGAUAUUAAAUGAUACGCUUUAUAUUUUAAUAUUAAAAAUAAAAAUUGUAUCGCAAACUAUUGAUAGAUGUAGUAAUGCCACCGUUUUUAGGGGGGUAUUAACUGUAAAUUUGAAGUAAUAUUUUCACCUCAAGGACAGUUUUCAACGUCUAUAAAAAAAUACCCAAUGAAUUUUCCGAAAACUAAUAUAUGCUGUACUAAAUAUUAUACGUACAGUUAUAAAUUUAUAAGUAAGUUAAUUAGAUUAAUUUUAAAUCUACACGCAUUUCAGUAACCCCCUCCCCCAUUCCUAGAAUAUUAAAAGAUUUCACAGAUCUUCAUAUGAUGGUUUGUUGUUGGACCUUAUAUAUAUGUUAUCUGUUUAAAGCUAUUAAAGCAAUGUGUAUAGAAAAAUAAAUACUUUUUCUUUGACAAUCUUGCAGCUGUGAUCAUUUUAUGUGUAAAGCAGAAUGACUUACAUAUCAAGGGCAAAGGUCACGAAAAUAACCUGUUGUUUUUUUUAAAAAUAACCAAAAAUCAGUUUCUCUUUCCCAAAACAUUCAUUUUGUUACUAUAGCAGUAAUAACACAUAAAUUCCAAACCACUGCACAGUCUUUUAAGGCCAAAUUCCUCAUGCUUUGAACACUCAUGCAGCGAAGUUUCUUCUUAGUGACCUGAAAUCAGA